AUGCCCGGCCCCUCUUCCUCGAACCGCUGGCGAGAGCCACGGCACACCACCUCUAUGCUCAGUAUAUGCAGGGCCGACAUGUGUCCUCCUUCGCUCCAAUGGCAUACCCUUAUGCCUCGCCAGGAGGGGGGCAUUGCAGGACGAGGGUUUGAAAAUCAGAGCCGCAUAAACAUGAUCGCAACCUGUCGAUGCGUUGCUACCUACAAGACCUUGUCCAAGGAGCAUUUCAGCUUAUGGGGUGGCCUUACGCGUCGCUAUCAUCUGGCAAAGUCCCGGUCAUGUAGACGCGACAGCGACAAACAACACGAGACCCCUCAAUUCUCCAUGAUUCCUGUCCGUGCGCUCGUCAUCGUCCAUGGGCCCUCGCCACGAGAAUUGAAACCUGGGGACCGAACAAGAGGCCAUUGGAUUGCCUUUGCUCUUUUCCAGCUGCAAAGGAUUCCAUAUUCACCCAUCGACUACGGCCCCCCAAUAAGUCUCAAUAAUACACAAUACCAUAUCCUCAAAGCACUGCUCAUCUUCUCGUCCGUCCCAUCUUUAGACACCGUCCUAACCAGAAACGGGUCCUUUUCGGUCCGUCGAAGCUUCUUCUACAACCGCAUUUUCACAACAGCCGCUGCGGUCAAUUCGCCCGUUCUCAUCCUCGUCCCGGCCAUUCGGACAACUUCCGCUGUUACUUCGAAUCCCCCUUGCAUCGCCUCCACCUUCACUCCACCAACCAUCCGAAAACUUAGCUCUCCCGAACCUCUCCUCCCGUCAAUCGCAUUCACGAACGCCACCGCAUCCUUCCCUAUCAGAUCCCACUGA